UGGAACGCGAGUCGUCAUUCAGCAUGAUACACUUCCUUUACGAUGGACAGGCCUUUUUGGCAAUCGUCGAGCGCUCCAUACGGAGCCUGCGUGCACGAGGGAGGGAGUUCGACAUCCUGCGUGGCCAUGCCUCUGUUCUGGAAGCGAUUCUUUACUCCGAAGCUGGGAAAGUGCGCAAGUCGACAUAUGCUGCAGCUCAGGCUAUGAAACUCUAUAGAAACGCGGGAUGCACCGUCGGCUGCUUGGACGUGGAAAUCUUCAACGCCCCGCCGACGUACUCUUUUAUCGGUCCCCUCUACGACAAGCUACGGGCUAGAAACGACCUUAGCAGGCUUCGCUCUCUUCGGUGGCAGUUGACACAACGGGCAAUGUUCCCGCGUGCACUAAUACCACUGCCGUUACCUGGCACAACAGACAGGUGCUGGAUCUUUGCGGUCUCGCCUACGAUGCAGGAGACAUUAUAUCCUACUAUCGCUAGAACAUGA